AGUAUAGAGUAGUGUUGGUCUCAAGCCGUUUGGCUCUAUAUAGUGUCUGUCGGUGCGCUAAAUCCGGGAGAGGAGCAAAACAAAACCCUGCGGGAGAAUCGGUUUGCCUGUCGUCGGUCGUUGUCGUGAACCUUCUGGUUGUGAAUCCUUCGCUCUCCUGAAUUUUCCGAAAACUUCGUCCUCAUAUCCCGGAGGAAAUUUUAGUCUCAGCAAGGAGUAAGAGCGCCAGCAAGUCUGCGGACCUAAUCCUGUGCGCCCACCGACGGUGAGCUUCAGUCUUCUUUCGGAUUCGGGACUCGAGUGUGCUGAUCAUCCCAUCAUCGUCCGCCGAUCCCAGAAGAAGGUGCGCCGCCGUUGUUCCUGCGAGUGUCGUGUCGUUUCGGUCGUGUCGUUUUUUUCUUCUCUGUGCGGUGCCAGUGAUGGUCUGGAAUUUCUGCGAUUGAAAAACCGCAGUGAUAAAAGUCCAGCCUGUUCGGGUACCAAAAAGGGUUCGAACUCCGGUGCCGUGUCGCGGUCCGUGCGUGAGCUUGUGCGUUCAUUAUCCUGACUGAUUGUGCGGUGCCUGAUCUGGUAGACAGGGGACAGCUGAAAGACCUACAAUUGAACGGAACUAAAAAGGUGUGACGAGAAGUUUUUUCUGCUGCCAACAUAGUGGAGGAAGGGAGAAUCGUGCGUUCCUGUCUGACCGAAGAAUCGGUAUUUCAAUACAGGUUCCGGUGGAUUAAAAAACGCGAUUCGUAUUACCUUGUAUCCUUUCCUGGCGCCUGUAAAGGAAGCUGUGAGUAUCGAGUAAUAAUUGCUCUAAUUAGAAACGAGCCAAGCCGGAAAAAGGAGUUCGCGGGAAUAAAUCUUCCUAUCAGUGUUUUCUUUUGUGAUUUAAAGAAGCUGUCAUAGUGAUUGUUCAAGUUCGUUGAUAAUUGAAGCGAGUCAAUUAGCGUGAUUCCGGUGUAGAAAGGAAAAGCGCUUAUCUCCCGAAAAAGUUUAAAAUUUUGUUACAGUGAUCGGCAGCAAAGUUUUGCUGAAAAUAAUUCUCCAGUUUUAGUGCUUUGUUCAGGAGCCAGUUUUGUUGUCUAUUGUGUUCAGUUUUGUAUACAUAUUUGUACGGGAAUAUGGCGCCCGGUGUCUGUGUUAGAAAGUGUCAGAUGCUGUUGAAGCUGGACCUGUCCCGCGGAGGAUUAAGUCCGAAGACCUUUGCGGCCAGCUUCCACCAGCUGUUGAAUCAACAACCGUUGCAUCUUCGGCAUGGUUCACUGCUGACGUAUUGCAAUCAGCAGAAAAAUCCGGAACAGCUGCCGAAUGGAUUCGGAAUCGUCGUGGCCAAGGAUCCAUGGCAUCGAAUAGCAACGAGAGGAUAUUGUUCCAGUAGCGCAUCGUCCGGACAUCAGCAGCAGCAGCAUUUUAGCAGUAGUAGCAGCAGUAGCAGCAGCAACACCACAACCAGCAGUAGCAGUAGUGUCAGUGAAGAAGUCACCGUCAAGUACGUGAGGGGCCUUCCGCACAUCACCGUUCCACUGCCAAGCCGUAACGAGCGAUGCCAGUUCACGUUACGGCCCGUCACGCACAGCGUGGGCGAUUUCCUGGAGAUGCUCAAGGUGGAGGACCGCGGCGUGGACCGAGCGGCCGUACUGAACCGGGAUGGCGUCCGGAUAGCGUCGUCCUGCUCGAUCGAAACACUGAUGGACGAUGAGUUUUGGUUGCACCUGAACGACAGACAAUACUACGUGAGACCGCCGUCACGUGACAGAAUUACCUCAGAAGAACUGACCCGGCUGGGCGAUGUGCAAGCACUGGUGGCACAGCUUUACGAAGCGCUCAACGUUGGCGAACACCAAAUUAGGAAAGAACGAGAACUGAACAGCAAACUGGAGGAACUCAACGAGAAGCUGGGACCUCUGGAAGUGAAAAAAGCCGAACUGGACCAGAAGGCGACCCGUCGCACCGGCAUGCUGACCUGGGUCGGGCUGGGGCUGAUGUCGGUCCAGUUCGGGGUGCUGGCGCGGUUAACCUGGUGGGAAUACUCCUGGGAUAUCAUGGAACCGGUGACGUACUUCGUUACGUACGGGACGGCGAUGGCGGCGUACGCUUACUUCGUGUUGACCAAACAGGAAUACAUCCUCCCGGACGUCAAAGACCGGCAGCAUCUGAUCACCCUGCACAAGUCGGCUAAAAAGGCCGGCGUUAACCUGGCCGAAUACAACGACAUCAAGCGAAAGAUUGCGGAAAUCGAGCACGAUCUGCGCCGACUCCGGGACCCACUCUACAUGCAUCUGCCCGCCCCGCCACCAAAGUCCCCGAACUUCAGUGCCACCGAGAUUGCCACCUCGAAGAAGCUGCUGCAGGAAGCGCUCGAAACAGCGAGCGCCAGCCGGGCCGUGUCCAAGCAGGCCGCUUCCAAGAUCAGUUCCCUGCUCGAGGGCUCCGGGAGCCCAUUCCGGAGCAAAAAAUAAGAUUUCCUGAAUCCUUCGACGUCUUCGUCGCCGUGGACGGCGGAGACGCUGUUCGCUUUUACCGCUAAUAGUUCCCUUGUUAGAAGUUCCCUUUUCCCCCGUUCUUUAUCGUGUUAGGAAUCAAACAGCCGUCGAGGCAUUUCGACAGAAAUGGUUUUCACCACAGCCAUACUUCCCGUUUGUUACCGAAUUUUAGGAAGGAUGAUGGAGAUUAAAAUAACAGAAAAAAACGUCUAGAAAUACAGUGCAAAGUUCGAUUUUCCUACUCCCUUCUCUUUGAACCUAUUUCUUAUAAAACUAACAAAUAAAUGAAUCAAGAGGAAAUCGAAUCAGAAACGUGAAAUCACUCGAAUAACACACCCACACAAUCAUGAAACGAAGAAACCAACAGGAUUACAGUUUAUUAGCGCAAGUAUUUCAAACCAAUCUAUAAGGAAAAACGAACGAAGUAAAAAAAACAAUCUAGCGUAGAAUCAAGUAACUUAACAAAGUACCAUAAAACAAACGCGCAUCACAUCAGAAUGUAAGAAUAUUGUAGCUAGCGUUAUCAAGCGAAUCAAGUUAUAGAAGCGAUAGCAAAUUUUGCGUUAUGAACGUAUAAAAAUGGUUUGCGAAAGAAAGAAAAAAAAAUAGCGCACAAAUGGAAUUUUCCGUUUUGUAGUCUUUUUGAGUAGAAAGAGAAAACUGUUUGAAUAAGUGCUUCCACAAACGAAAAACGGAAAAGGCGAAUCAACCGCAUCAGACCGACAAGGCCGAUAACCGAUGAGAGGAGUUAAAUAGAAGAUAUUAUUGUGUUAUUAUUGUCACCAUCCACCCAUCCCCCCCCAAAUCAAAGUUCAAUCGAUUGUCUCGAAAUCAAAGAACCAAAGUACUUAAGUUGAACUCCAUCAAUCAAGCGUGGUUGGGAUUCAAAACUGACUGCUAAUAGUAAUACCUAAUGUUGGUUGGUUCCACGUGCGAGCACUGCUUCCAAUCGUUUGCCGGUUUGUUAAGCGUUCGUUAUGAAUUUGUGUGUGGUUGCGGUUGGUGUCUGCGGAAGAGUUUUUCAUGUUUUCUUAUAUGGGAUGAAGAGAUUUUUUAAGCGUUUGCAGUCGUAACAUAAUAAAGGAAUUUUAUGGAAACUUUUCCUUAAUUGAAGUUAAGGAAAAUGUUUGUUCAAGUUUGCCGUAGAUGGUAGGUUUUGUUUUGAUUGAUUGUAACCCUUCAAUCUUGAAUCUCAAUACUUAUGACAAAGAGCAGAAAACCAGUAAAAUACUUUGGCUUGCAAUGAACGGUUUGGUAAAAAAAAGAUUGGUAUUUCUAACAAUAUUUGAAAGUCUUUUGUGCAAGCAUGGUGAUUCAACAAUCAUGUUUCCCCUGAUUGUUUGAUAUAAAAGUUUACAAUGCUUCAUAGUCCUGAGGGAUGUUUGAGCUUAACUGCACAAAACAACAAUGAAAAACGUUGACCACGUUCAAAUAGAAAUAAUUAAUUUAUUUUAUUUAUUUUGUUCAUUAUUCUGUCCAGGGGGGUAUUGUGCAACAAAAAAUAUCAUAAUUGAAAAGAGUAUUUCUAAAAAUUGCUAGUUUCUAUUAUGUGCAAGGUUAUUGCAAUAAGUUUGCCAAAUAUAAAACCGGUUUGUUUUGUUCUAUAUCAAUACGUACUAUUAGUUGUUAAUUCUAAUCAAAAUUGCAAAACGUUCAACAUCUUUUGAAAUUAAUUAUAUUUUGUUUGAAAUAUUAACUUUUAACUGUAUGCUUUUUCUACAAUAAAUAAUAUGUUUAUGUCUACACGUUUCGACCAGGCCAAUUUUGUGUUGUAUGUAUGCUUGGUUGUACUUCUUA